AUGAAGCAACCUGCAACAGAACUAUUGUCUGCAACAAGUGCAUCGAACGAGAUCGACAUAAAGCUGGAAACGGCUACUUGCGACGAGCCUUUAUUGAAAAGCUCUACCGGUGAAAUCAUCCCGUCUACUUCGUUGACUGUGUUUUGUUCACAUGAUCCGGCCACCGGUCAAAUUUUGUUCACUCGACCCGAGGAUGGAUUAAUGAUUGUCAAACCCAGUCCGCACUACCCCGGUUCUGGUUUCAUUGUUCAGCACGCGGAUGGAACAAGACAAACACUACAAAUAUACACAACGCACUCAAAAGGUGGACAGGUGAACGUUCUGUCCGAUGGUUCAAUUUUCUACAGCUCUCCUUUAUCAAAACUUUCGUUGUCAAACCCUUCCCGUAAUCCCAUGGUGGUUGCUUACGGGAUGCGCAGUGACGGGGUUUCCAGCCUUUUGGAAGCGGUUGAUCCACAGGGAAACGCGUUCACGGUAGACGCGUUAGCAAAUUGCAAUGUUAUGCUUACCGUUAAAGAGGAACCACCAGAUUUAUCACCUGACCAAGAUCCGAAUCCCAUGAACACGGAUAAUAACACGGUUCCGGUCUAUGAGUUUGUGAAAAUAGACGAACACAUUCCAAUGCUGUUUCACAUUAAUCCGCAGCGUCAGGAAGCAAAACAACUAUUACGGAUUACCGAUGUUACCGAAUUGUUCUCUGGCGCCAGACAAGUAUCAACCACACCGUCAGAAUGGGCAUUUAUACCGUUCCAGAAAUCGCUAGCUGCGCUAGGCACCAGUGGUGCACAUAUGGAACCCACCUGUUCAUUUAAGCAGGACACCAAGUCGGACGGUUUGGAUGCAACUGAAGAAGAUUACCCAUUAUUUGUUCAAGAAUCGCUCCAAAACGAUUCAAAGGUAGGCUAA